AUGUCAAGGAUAAAUAGACAGAAUUUAAAACGUAACCGAGCUAUCGCAAGUCCUAUUCUCCCUCCUCUAAAAAUUGAUUCUUAUUCAACACCUACUACUAUGAAACAUAGCCCAAUUCACCAAAAAAUGAAUGUAACCAUUACAUAGAAUAUCAAAGAUUUACUUAAAAAGCUCGAAUCCACUACAAAUGACGAUGACACUUUAGCUCAAACUAAAAGCUUGAUACUUCGCAGCGACACAAUGGUUUCUUUAAAAGUCCCUCAAAUAAGCUCUCCAAUAGACAGCUUAAAUCUUUUAUCUCGCAACACUUCAAAAUCAUUACAAAAUCUUGAUAUUGAGUAUCCAAUAGAUAAUUUAUUCAGUGACAUGCAAAAAGCAUUAUCUUCUCUCAAACAAGAAAAUAAGACCCAAAUUUCUGAUCUAAAUGAUGUGGAAGACCUUAUCGAGUCAUUGGAAUUUAAAGCAGUUCGGAAGUUUUCAGUUGAUGUCGAUACUCCUUUAUCUCCUGAUUUAUUGUCAACAAAAGCAUCACAAUCUUCAUUAACUGAUAAUAAUAAAUGUAUACAGGUAGGAAGGCAGCUUGUUGAAGAUUUAAAUGUUCAUGAAAUGGAAAGGAAACAUUAUAAAUACAUGCUUGAUGCGUUUAAAAACUUUCGAUUUGGGCUAGAGAUUACAAGUGGUGCUGAAUGUAUUUUUCCGAGACAUAUAAAAAAAGAAAAUAAUGAUGAUGUAUAUAAAUUGUCUAUUGAAGGGAAUACUAAAGAAAUAAACCAAACCUUGGAAUCUUUGGUUUUUAGAUUAAAAAGAAGAAUAAUUACAUUAUCACCUUCUGGAGGUAGAAAAAGCACAAAUUUGAAGCCUUUGGCUACAUCCAGGAAAUCUUCUGUUUCAAGUAUCCCGAGUCAGCAGAGGUUUAGUAUUUAUAAAACUCUGCAAACCCCUACUUAUGAUAUGGGCUCAAAAGAAGAGGUUGAAACUGAGCUAAAAUUAAAUUGCAAUUUAAGGCUUAUUACAUUAGACCCUUUUCUAGUCACUCAAACAAGAGAUUUACCUCAAUAUCAUAUGACAAAUACCAGAGCAAAAUACGAUAAAAUCGAAUAUAUCCAAUGAAAAAUGCCUGAGUCAGCUGAUUGUCGGCUUAACAUCGACGAUAUUUUAAAAUGCAGUUGCACUCAAGACCGAAUUGCAGCUUUAUCUUACUUCAAAACAAGCGAUGAAGUUGAUGAAAAUUUAAAAUUCACUUUAGAUGAAGAAGUUACAGACAGACUUUUACUAUACAAAAUACUAUUUAAACAUAAAAGAACAUUUAGGAAAAUAUUCAUAAGCUAUAACAUGGAGUCUAUGAGUGUCUUAAAAGACGCUUUAAGUAUGAAAUUUGCAACCUUUAUUAGGCUGCUUAAGGAUUGUAUGCUGAUAGGAAAAGACUUUGAAAUGUUGGAUGGUGCGAAGGUUUUCUUUGUAGCAUUUUCUAACAAUAAAAACAAAGCUAAUGAAGCAAGCAAGCCAUGGCUUCAUCAUUUGAUAAAGUCUUAUUCAUUUAAGGAUAUUUAUCAUUUGCAGCUUCCUAAUUUUAUCGAGGCACUUGUGAGGUUAGUUUCAGCUCAUCCGAGGUACUCGAAGCUUUCCAAUAUUAAAUUAUAUCAGAAGUUUGAAAUUUUCUAUAGAAGAGACUUAAAACCAAGCACAAGAAUGACCCAAGGCUUAUUUUAUAGUAAGCUUAUACAAGAUGUCCACAUCAUGGACACCACUCGUGAGUAUUCCGCAAAGCUGUAUUCUUUAUUUAAGUCACAUACAGUCGGAUCACUGCAGCAUUCCAAUAGAUCUGAUGAUAAAAUUGAGCUGACAAGGAUCUAUAAUUUAUUAGAUCAAAUAGGGAUUCUAGAUUGCUCCCAAUCUAUGAAUAAAGAAAUCAAUGACAAUGAAGACGAAUUUAUUUUUGAUGAAGAAAGUCCUAAAAAUAGCCCACUCAAAGGAAAAUUUAAUAGAGUUCAUUAUAAAGCUCCAGCAGAAUCAGCUAUAUAUUUUCCUUCAUCUUUGGUAAGAAAGCCUGAAAAUAAAAAUAUUAAAUUGCAACAGAGGGAUUCGUUAAGAUAUGGGGAUAACAAAAUAAGGCAUACACUUUUAAACCAUUGAUAAUGAUUAAAACACUUCUAAUGGUUAUUCGUCAUAAAUGGAAGAAAAUAGAUAGAAUAAAAUUUAGCUUUAAAUCACUAUAAAUGAGAUACCAUUUCAAAAGCCAAUUCGUGAUAAAUUUAUGUUAGAUAGAUAUACGGCUUUCAGCUUUUACUCAUCAAUUCUGGUAAAUAAUGAUGAGAUAUGGCUGAUUGAUCCAGAAAUAAUUAGUGAUCAUGAUUUUGUGAUCGAGUUUGGGGAUUUUGUAGAUUUAAUGGCAAUAAUUGGAAUGUAUUAUUGGAAAACUAUGAGGUUAAAUGAAGAACUUUCAAUGGUUGAGGGAGUUGCUGAUUUCUUUGAAAUCAUAACCAAAGCUCCUACCCAAAAUAGUAAACUUUCACAAGAAAAAAAUAAAGGCAACGAAAUUAUCCGCUCCACAAAUAAAAAUUUUAUCAGUUCCCUCGGGAAGCCUUUUAUUACAGCAACUUCAAUAGCGCAAGAGAGAUAUCAUCAAAGAAGACACUCAGUUUAA